AUGAAUUCAUGGGGGCCGUUGGCGCACGGUGCCACGUGCGGCGAGAUGGCAGCCGCCGCGGUCAAUUUGUACAUCGCGCCUCCAUUUCCCCGUCCAGCCCGCGCGCUCCCUGAAAGCGCCAACCCGCGUAGGCGCUGGUGCAAGAUUGCCGCGCUACUGCCGGGGCGGACGGACAAUGGAGUCCGCAAUCGGUGGAACCGGAUGGAGACGGCGCAGGUGGAGAGCCCGUGUAUGGUGUCCAGAUAUGAGCAUUGGCACGGCACCAGAAGGCACGCGCCGCGCGAGACGUAG